GCAAUGGCAGGCAAUUACUGUACCAUGAAGUACGGCUUUAAUUCACCAAAAAGAGUAACUGUGGUGGAGCCUGGCCAAAUACAGAACAAAUCUUUGAUGGGAAUGCGUAGAAAACAUUCAGAAAGAUGAUUUAUGGCAACCUUAAGCAACAUCUUAUCUUGUCUGGCUAUACAUUGCUUCUCAAUUAACUCAAAUAAAUGUUUUCCCCAAAUGCAGGACGAGGCGAAAAGAAACAGAUGGGAUGCUUUGGGUACCCACUCAGCAUCUUUUUUAUUGUCAUCAAUGAGUUCUGUGAAAGGUUUUCCUACUAUGGAAUGCGAGCGGUGUUGGUUUUGUACUUCAAAUAUUUUCUGCAAUGGGACGACAACCUUGCCACUGUUAUUUAUCACACGUUCGUUGCCAUCUGCUACCUGACUCCAAUUCUUGGGGCCAUUAUUGCUGAUUCUUGGCUUGGAAAAUUCAAGACCAUCAUCUACCUGUCUAUUGUUUAUGCAGUUGGCCAAGUGGUCAUGGCUAUCAGUGCUAUUCAUGAUCUCACUGAUGGAAAUAAAGAUGGGACCCCAGAUACUAUUGAAGUCCAUGUUGCCCUGUCAGUUAUUGGCCUUCUCCUUAUUGCUUUGGGCACAGGAGGAAUCAAACCUUGUGUAGCUGCCUUUGGUGGAGACCAGUUUGAAGAGAACCAGGAUAAACAGAGAAGUCAGUUCUUUUCCAUAUUUUAUCUAUCAAUCAACGCAGGAAGUCUUCUAUCAACUAUUAUAACACCUAUCCUCCGUGGACAAGAGUGUGGUAUCCACAGCCAGCAGAAGUGCUACCCACUGGCAUUUGGUGUCCCUGCUGCCCUUAUGGUUGUUGCUUUAGUUGUUUUUAUCGUUGGAAACUCAAUGUACAAAAAAGUCUCUCCCCAGGGCAACGUUAUAGUAAAGGUUUCCAAGUGUAUUGGUUUUGCUAUUAGCAACAGAUACAGGAAUCGCAGUAAGUCAAUACCAAAGAGAGAGCACUGGCUGGACUGGGCAAAAGAACAGUAUGAUGAACGUCUCAUUGCUCAGAUUAAGAUGGUCUUAAAGGUUCUUUUUCUCUACAUUCCUCUGCCAAUGUUCUGGGCUCUCUUUGAUCAGCAGGGAUCAAGAUGGACUCUUCAAGCAACCACAAUGGAUGGGAAUUUUGGUGCAAUGCAAAUUCAGCCAGACCAGAUGCAGACCGUUAAUCCUAUUCUGAUCAUUGUUCUCGUACCAAUUUUUGAUGCAGCAUUAUACCCCCUUAUAAGAAAAUGCAAACUGAAUUUCACACCUUUGAAAAGAAUGACAGUGGGAAUGUUCCUUGCUGCCAUGGCGUUUGUUGCUGCUGCACUCGUCCAAGUAGAAAUAGAUAAAACGCUGCCAACUUUUCCAUCUAGUAAUCAGAUUCAACUAAAAGUUAUAAAUUUAGGUACGCAAGAUGUUAACGUUGACUAUAUGACAAACCUUCCAUCUCCUGCAUCAAUACCUUCUUUCCAGGCAAGUGAAUAUCAGACCCUUGAUCAGCCAAGUAAUGUUAGCUUCAGCUAUGGAAUCGACAACAAAAUCUUUCCCCUGCAAGAUCUUGCAGAACGGACCCGCUACACCGUUAUAGUAAAGAAUGGGCAAGAAAUCCAAACAAAUUUCUUUGAAGACAUAAGUAACAAGCCAGAGCAAGGCAGCAACGCAAUCAGAUUUGUCAACAGUUUGCAAGAAACUAUCAACAUAACGCUGGGUGCCGUUUCUGUGGGAGAGGUGAUGCCAAUGCAGGUGUCUAAUUAUACUAUGCUAAAUCUAGGAACAAAACAAAUCGAAGUUAAAGUAGGUGAGAAAACAUGCAAAGUUGAAUCAAUGAAAUUUGGCUUUGGGAGCUCAUACACCAUAAUCAUUAAGGAGUGUACCACAGAGCUAUUAGUUGAUUAUGUUGAAGACAUUAAAGCCAACACUAUUCACAUGGCUCUCCAGAUUCCACAGUACUUCCUUAUUACAGCUGGUGAGGUUGUCUUCUCAGUCACUGGUCUGGAGUUUUCAUAUUCUCAGGCUCCUUCCAACAUGAAAUCUGUUCUCCAAGCUGGAUGGCUGUUGACUGUUGCUGUUGGUAAUGUCAUUGUCCUUAUUGUGGCUGGGGCAUCGCACAUAAGUCAACAGUGGGCAGAGUAUGUGCUCUUCGCUGCUCUUCUGGUAGCUGUUUGUAUCAUCUUUGCCGUCAUGGCCUACUUCUACACUUAUGUGGAUCCUGCCGAGAUUGAAGCUCAGUUUGAUGAAGAGGAGAAGAAAAAGAAUGCAAAGGAAAUAGAAGCAAUGGGUGUUCCGAAUGGAGAUGGACCUUAUUCACAAACAAAAAUGUAAUAUGGGAUGAUGAUAAAAAAACUAUGUACUGUAUAUAAUUUGGGAAAUACAUUGUUGCUUGGAAAUCAACUAAAGAUAUUGCUGGAGAGCAGUGGAAGAUAAAGUGGAAUCAUUCUGUGCCAGCGCUCAGCUUCUGGAGUUUGAUGCUCUUCAUGAUCUGUUUUCAGAUAAAGAAUAUUGAUAAAUGACAAUGAUCUUCUGCAAUUACUAUAUAGAGAAAAAAUAAAGAUUGAUACCUUGUUUUUUUCCCUUUGCUUUAAUGUUCCAGUGCCUUAUAAAAAACAUGUUAUGCUACAUAUAUGUUGUAUAUGUGCUACAGAAAUGUAUCACACUGCAGUGCAGCCCUAAGCACAACCAUGGAAUCCCCCCAGGUAAACACACCUAACACACAUAAGGAGUCCAACUAUGAGCAAAUAUAUUUAGCAGUAGUGGUGUUUUUUCAUGUUACAUGUAACCUGAAGUUCAGAUAUUAGUCAGAUAUUGGUGCUCUGUUAUUUGCAACUUUAGACUAACAUGUAACUAUUAAACAGCCAUUGUUAACAAUAGUCUUUCGUGGUUUUUAGAAUAAAGAUGGCAGAUGUUGUUGGAUCUAGUUUUGCAAGCAGUGAGAAUAAUGAAGUCCAAGCUAUAUGCUGAGCUAGUUACCGAUCCAUUCU